AUGUAUAGAAUCGAGACGAACGUCGACAAGGACAUGCAUAUUAACACGCAUUAUAGAUUUCAACAACUUGAGAAGUUAGGCGAGGGGACCUAUGCAACGGUGUACAAGGGGAGAAACAGAGCUACCGGAGCAUUAGUUGCUUUAAAAGAGAUUAAUUUGGACUCUGAAGAAGGUACGCCGUCUACUGCAAUAAGGGAAAUAUCGCUCAUGAAAGAGCUCGAUCAUGAAAAUAUUGUAACUUUGUAUGAUGUUAUUCAUACAGAAAACAAACUUACACUUGUGUUUGAAUAUAUGGACAAAGAUUUAAAGAAAUAUAUGGAAGUUCAUGGCAACCAUGGUGCUUUGGAUUUGAAGGUUGUAAAAAGUUUCAUGUUUCAACUUUUGAAAGGUAUAAUGUUCUGCCACGACAAUCGGGUCUUGCAUCGUGACUUGAAGCCCCAAAAUUUGUUAAUUAACAAUAAGGGUGAGUUGAAACUAGGCGAUUUUGGACUAGCAAGAGCUUUUGGUAUUCCUUUCAACACUUUUUCAAAUGAAGUGGUCACCUUGUGGUAUAGAGCGCCAGAUGUGUUGUUGGGCUCUAGGGCAUACACAACAUCCAUUGACAUAUGGUCAGCUGGUUGUAUAUUUGCCGAAAUGUGCACUGGAAAGCCGCUUUUUCCAGGAACGGCAAACGAAGAUCAAUUGAUCAAGAUAUUCAGAUUAAUGGGAACGCCUAAUGAACGAACAUGGCCAAAUAUUACGCAAUUCUCGAAUUACAAGAAUAAUUGGCAAAUAUUUGUACCUCAAGACUUAAGGCUUUUGGUGCCUAAUUUGGACUCCAUGGGGAUGAAUCUUUUACAGAGUAUGCUUCAAAUGAGACCAGAGGCAAGAAUAACGGCUAGACAAGCUUUACAACAUCCUUGGUUCCAUGAAAUUACAUUACCUACACCCGCUGUACAACACCAUUUAAGCGACCCAUAUCAACAACAACAACAACAACAGCAGCAGCAACAACAACAACAGCAACAACAACAACAGCAACAGCAACAACAGCAUGCUCAACAGUCUCUAAAUCCUCAUCAACCUAUUAUCGACCAGCAAUACUAA